AUUGUCACAUUAGUAUGGCUGACAAGCAGGCAGCAGUUAGCCAAGCUGUAGCCGAGCUCCCUGCACAGCAGCCGCAGGUUACAGCUCAACAUCUGAAUAGUUGUGUUUCUCAAUUCAGGGAGCUCAAUCCUAAAGUUUCUAAGUAUGUGUACGACAACGGGCAAGAGUUCAAGAUGAUCUGCCUUUCUGGUACCAUCCCCAUGCCUUACAAAGGAAACACGUACAACAUCCCCGUCAACAUUUGGAUCCACAAUGACUAUCCCAAUCAGGCACCAAUAGUUCUAGUGACACCUACUAGAGAAAUGCAGAUAAAACCUAGUAAAAUAGUGGACAGUAAUGGGAGGGUGUAUCUGCCUUAUCUACACGAAUGGAAAGCAAGACAGGGCUACGAUCUGAUCAGUCUUGUAAACAUCCUGUGUAUGGAGUUCAGUUCCUCCCCGCCCCUCUUCGCCCGCAGUGCGGCGGCCCCGCCCCGUCCCAAACCCACCUACUCUCAGCAACCCCCCAGUGCCGGGUACAAUCCAAACCAGUAUCCGGGCUAUAACCAACCCACCAGCACUCCUAAUAUUGGCUGGAACGUGGCUAACCAGCAACAGCAGCAACAACCUCCUCCUCCUCCUCCUCCGCCAACUGGCGGAGUUGGCAGUGGUUUCAGUCAGAAGACUCUACAAAGGGAGGACACACAGGAGAUCAUCAAAAAUAGCAUGGUGUCUAAGAUAGAACACGACCUUAAACAGAGAUACAAGAUAUUCUCGGACAGAUAUGAGGCGGAGAUGAACGCUUUACAUCAACAAGAGCAGGAACUUGUGGCCGGAAAAGAGCAAAUUGGCGACGUUCUGACCAGAAUUGAUGAUGAAAAGCUGAAGAUAGGGGAGACAAUAGAACUAUUUAAAACGAAGGACGGAGAACUGAGAGACUUCUUGUCACAACACGAACGAGAUUCUGAGGAAAACCAAGUGGACCAACAGAUCGAACCGAAAGAGGCUCUUUUCAAACAGUAUUUGAACUUGUUCGCUGAGGAGAGUGCUCUGGAUGACGCUAUCUACUACUUAGCUGAGGCUCUGAGAAAUGACGUCAUAAACAUUCAAGUUUUCUUAAGGAACGUUAGGACUUUAGCAAGGAAGAAGUUCAUGGUGAGAGCACUGAUGAACAAGGUCAGAGAACAAACAAACAAAUGUGAGAUCAAAUGAGAUGGUUAAAGUCGUCCCUUGUUCUUAUGAGAACCAGGAUUCAGGGGUAGCUUUGGUAACUAGGGGUGCUGGCGUCAGAAAGUGGUGGAACUUCAGGUCGAGAAUUUCACAAAUGUGUGUUCUUCUCCAUUUUCUAACAUCGGUGCCCCUACCUAGCCUGAGGGUAGUCUAUGUUCAAAAUGCUGUAGACAAUUUUCAGGAAAUUCUUGUGUAGACUUUAAAGAGAACGAUUGACAUAUUGCUAUGCUAUAUUUUGAUUAACUAAUUAAGAGUAAUUAGAUAUCCGUUCCACAUAAUAUAUUUUAAAAGGAUUGUUGAUGAAUUUUUAAAUGAUAAUAGUAGUACUAUACUACACUAU